AUGUUCCCAUUUAGCGAGAAAUUGCCUGUUGAGAAGAAUAUAUGGCAGAUUUGGAGAACCUCAAACAUUUCAGAGACCGAUUUUCCAGAGUCUUGCGUUCCAUUAGUAGAGAGAUGGAAAGACGCUAAUAAAGAAUAUGAACAUCACGUGUUGAGCUUAGAAGAUGCCGAGAAUAUGGUGAAGUCGGAACUUGGAGCAAUUUCUGAGAUUACGGAAGCACUCCGACUUAUGCCAGAUGAUCGUGUUAGAUUAGAGUUCCUCAAAUACUUGGUGAUCUACAUUAAAGGAGGAGUUUAUGCAGAUAUAGACACCAUCAAUAUUAAGCCGAUUAAGCAUUGGAAAUUGAUGAAUGAGACGUCGUUAGUGACAGGAAUAAUGUCAGAUUACAAUCAUAUUGGGUGGUAUAACUUCUUCAACAGACGAAUGGUUCUCUCCAACAGCAUCUUCGUGGCCAAAGCUCAUCAUCCAAUGUUGGCACAAUUGAUUGCCCGGAUCACGUGCAUUUGUAUCACGCAGCAGAAGUUGAUUACGGCCACUAAUUGGACACGAGUUUUAGGGGCCUAUGACAUUAACGGAGAUCCUGUGGUACAAUUUACCGGGCCAUCGAUCUUUACAGAUGUGUUUUUUGACUGGAUCAGCGCAAAUAUGGGGGAAGAUGAAGUGGUUGAAAUGGACGAAGAUGAUAGGAUGAGACUGGAAGAUAGUGAAAUAAUAGGACCAGAAGGAGCGAAAUUUAGUUAUAGGAAUGUGACAGGGAUUAGUCAUGGAGUGAAGGUGGGAAAUACGGCGAUAUUACCGCAAAUUAGUUUUAAUGGGUUUGAGAAUUCGUACGAAGAGGUUAUCGAUGAUCAGGAGAGGUCUACUGGGUAUGAGAGAUUUUCUGCAGCGCAAUUAGUUUCGCCUGGAGCGAUUCCAUAUGUGGAGACAGAAGAUACAGUGAAGCAAAGGUCCCCAGAAGCAAGAAGAUUGCGCAGACAACUACUUGGGAGACCGGGAGUAAUUGGAGUCAAGCGUGGAAUGACGUGUUUUUAUGACAACCAGGGUCGGCGAAUGCCUGCUACAGUGAUUGAAGUGGAUCAGUGUGAAGUGGUGUACAAUAAAACAUUAGAGAAGCAUGGAUAUUAUGCGGUUCAAGUAGGAUGUGGCUACAAAAAGCCCGAGAAUCAGACGAAGCCGAUGUUGGGCCAUUUUGCCCAGGCCAAAGUUUCGCCAAAGGCUGCCGUCAGCGAGUUCAUGGUGAAGGACAAAGCUGGUUUGAUUAAGCCUGGAACAGAGUUACGUGCAGAUAUGUUUAAGCCAGGACAGUUCGUUGACGUGAUUUCCACAUGCAAAGGUAAAGGAUUUGCCGGUGCGAUGAAGAAAUGGGGAUACCACGGAGGUCCUGCAACCCAUGGAGCUUCGUUAUCGCAUAGAUCUAUGGGUUCUAUAGGUCAGAAUACCACUCCUUCCAGAGUGUUUCCCGGUAAAAAGAUGCCGGGACGUAUGGGAAAUCAUGAACAUACGAUAUUUAAUUUGCAGGUGUUGGAUGUCAACGGAGAAAAGGGGUAUAUGUUGGUGAAAGGAGGAGUCAGCGGAUCGAAUGGGAGCUUCGUUAGGGUGAGAGAUGCCUUUAAGCAUCUGUGA